AUGGAACGGCGGUACUGGAACCCCCGGCCAUUGGCCCUGCGGCUUUGGACUUCGUACUUCUCCCUUCGCGUUGAUACCGAUGGGACCUGGGAAUCGAGGGUGGUGCCUGCCAGUGGAAACAUGAAGGUCUCCAGACUGCUUCCCGGACCAGCAAGAAGUCUCCCGUCAGCGGAGCAUCGGCGGCUCUCCGGGAUUUUUGACUUCCAGGGCAGCCUCAACGAAUGCAAGGCUCCCCCCUCGGAAAACCACCUGUUUCGCCUGCGCCCUUCUGAUUGGCGCCCAACUGGAUCUCACCCCCGCGCAACUGGUUCAUCGCCGGUGAAGAAGGCGACAGAAAAGAGAAGAAGCAGCAAUAUAUCGAACGAAAAUCAAAAUGAAAAAGGAAAAGAAAAAGGGGGCAAGGUAGGGGGGACAAACAGUCCACCGACCUGCUCCUCUGGGAACAUCUCGUCAGUCCGAGUCCUGAUUGAUCACGACAAAUGCCGCAAUGGCCAGCACCUAGGCACCGCAGAGCGCUCCCAGCUCAUUGCGAGCAAACCCGGAGGUCGGCAAUCUGGACAAAGGUCCCCGCUAUCGAGGCCGCAGCUCGCAGAGCGGCCUAGUGCUCGUUUGAAUGCCCCCAGUGGGCCACUGGCUCCGCGGAGAGCUCCGUGGCAGACCCAGACGAGUUUUAAGGCCGUACGGGAUAUCCGGACACACCAGUCCCAGGAUGAUCGAUAUCAAAUGGAUAUGGCGCCCCUGUUAUUGGACGCCGCAGCCGCUGGAGACGGGAUGCGUCCAGCGUGGCCUCCUUGCGUGCCUCGGACGAUCGCUCCGAGCUGUCCAGCGUCUCGUCCCAGUGACACGGUGGUGCGGUUCCCGGUUUUCAUCCAGGAUACGAUUACAGCGGAGGACUCCGCACCGUCGCGAGGGCUUGUCAGCGCGACGGCAAACCUGCAGACGCAAGGAGCUUGGCAGCCGGUGCUUUCUUUCCUGUCUGAAGAAGAUGCUGCAAGACGCAGACGUGCUGGAGGGUAUGCUGGAGAACAUGCUGGAGCGUAG